AUGAUUAUCCACCAGCACCAGACACUCGCUUGUUUCUAUAAUCAUAUUUUUUUUCAGCCUGGUGUUCCAAGCAUAAACCUUCCAGACGUAUCGGAAUACAUAACCAAAGUAGAGAUCUCACCAAUGCCAGAAGAUGACGCUACUCCGCUGACAGCUCAACAUCAGCUGCAAUUGUUGAAGGAGAGGCUCGAACAACAGACACAACGAACCCGAGCAGCUGUCGUGCAACUUAUGCUUUUACGCGACCAGCUCGCUGCGGAACAGGCCGCGCGGUGCGAGGCUCAGGUCCGUACACAUCAGCUCCUAGUUCACAAUAAGGAACUACUAGAACACAUUUCGGCCCUGGUGUCUCAUUUGCAGGAACGGGAGAAGGGAUCGAGCCGACCAAUCAACGCUCAACAACUUACACUUAUCCCUCAGGUUAGUGGAAACUUUGAUAUUAAAUAA